AUGGGAGGCUGUGCUAGUGCACCAAAGGAGUUGAAGGAAGAAGCUGGGUCUGCCCCAGCUCCUGAGCCUCCCGUCGAGGAAACCGUGGAGAACAAUGAAGCUGUGAAGGUUGAGCUAGAGGCUGUAGAAAAGGCUGAUCAAGAAGAGAAGGCUGAAAAGAAUGAUGACGACAAAAAGUCCCUUGGAUCCUUGCUUAACGAGAGUGAAGGAAAGAAGGAAACAACUACGGAAAGCAAGGCAGAGGAAGUUUCAUCUAAGCAGAACCAAGAACAGCAAGCGACUGAGGCCCCAGCAGCUGAACCAGAGAAAGAACAAAUCAAGAAUGUUGAGGAAAAGGCAGCAGAAGCUAAGAAAGAAAACAAUUAA